AUGGUCAAAUUCAAGUUCCCUUCUUUGCUGUCAAAGAACCGAGAAGUUGAUGCAACUACAGCCAAAAGUCAAAGUCAAGCCAAGUCGUUGCAAGAGAAGACGGCUAGAGACACGGAUCCGAAUCGGCCCGAAGCCCCACCGCAGGUCCCGAACACAAACUUGAGUGUGGGACGUGAUGCUCCAGAAGACAAGAAGCCGGCAACGGAGACAUGGGUUGAGACAAGUGAGUUUACAUUGGAAUUGGACGUUUGAUGGAUGAUUUACAGUGUAAUUUACAAAUUUUUUUAUUUUUCAGCCGCAGGCAUCAAAAAAAUGUUCGUAAAAACCUCGGAGGAGAUGUUGUUGUUGCGGCGCAUCAACUACGGUCUGUUGGCUGUGGCGGUUGUUGUAGCAUUGAGUGUGAUUGGCUUCUCGGCCUACGAAAUGUACGAUGCGGCUUGGCUCCGCGAACAGGGUGAAAUGAAGAAACAGCAAUGUAAAGUGCAGUAUGGUCGAGUUAAAUGUGCGUAUUGUGCCAGAAAAAAUGAGUGGGAGGAGCACCCGCAUAAAAUGGUUGGUUUUUAGAUGUGGAAGUUGAGUGGAAGAUUUGUAGUGGAAUUUCCAUUGAAAAUCUUCCACUCAACUUCCAUUUUUAAAAUGUCUUGAAAUGGCCUAAAAACAUGUUUUUGACACGUUUUAAGACUGGAAGUUGAGUGAAAGAUUUGUAAUGUAUUUUGCACUGAAAAUCUUCCAUGUAACUUCCACUCCCAAAAAUGCUCAAAAACUCAUUUUUAGGCUAUUUUAAUACAUUUUGAAAAUGGAAGUUGAAUGGAAGAUUUUCAGUGCAAAAUACAUUGCAAACCUUCCAUUCAAAUUCCAGUUCCAAGUUUUAUCAACUUUGGCUGAAAUUUUAUUUAAAUUUUGCAACAAAUUUCUUUUUUCAGAAAUGCCGCGACGACAUAUUGGAUUGCACACCACAGAAUAGUCUCAAUUGUCGAUAUGCAGCAGAAUACAACGAACCGUACACGUGCUUCGUGGAUCAACGGAUUCUACGGGAAUUGAUGCCUUGA